AUGUCUGAUAGAACCAAAAGUGGAAUUGGCCCUUCCAAGCUCCCAGAAACGAUUGUUUCUCCCUAUAGAUCCAUAACUCAGCUUAUCUCUCUUGGCUCUAAACUCCAGAACAAACACACCUGUGCAGAUGCUCUUCGAGAAGUCCAGGUUCUUCAACUGCGAGGAAAACUUCCACACGGAGUCGAAUGUACAGCGUUGUUUGCGUCCUUGGCUCUAGCCGACAUUCCGGGCGCUAACACUUUUGUUCUUCGAAACGCAUAUGCGCUGGCUUUAGUGCGAUUUGUCAAUGGAAUGCUAGAUCCGUUCCAGCAGGGCCAAUAUGCCAGUGCGCUAGUCAACAUCGCCAAAAUCGUGGGGCUUCCUCUAAGUUUUGUGGAGAUUCGCCAUGCUGCCACCCACGAGGAGUUGCCUACGCUUGAAGCGUUGCGUGCUCUGGCGUUGAAGGCUACUAAGUGGUUGCAAGACAACUUCUGGUCGGAGUUGAAUGAAGAUGUCAGUGGUGAAAGCUCGCAGGGAAGAAAUAGCGGUGUGGUUGAAAGUAAGGCUGCUUAUGGAGCCUCGGACGGUGACAUUGUCAGAUGGUUGAAAAUCUUCAAGCGUGGCCGCAAGAGACUGCUAGACUCUGAGAGGUUGGUGAGGCCACUAAUCUGUGAUUAUGACCAGCAAAUUUACUGGAGUGCCAUCGACAGCUUAGCUAGCGAGUGCAAGAAUAAUCAGACGAAGGUGGCGGAAAUCUUGGUGCAACAUUUUCUUGUUAAGAGGAUAGAGGCAAAGACGAAAACAGCCAUAAAGGUGUACCUGCCGUUGGUGGAGUAUUUGGGAGUUGAGUUUCGUUGGAACGUGCUGCUUACACUCAUCCACCAGAGCUCACUGCUCAUUCCUGGGCAUUUCGAUGGCUGUUCUUUGGUUCAGAGUGAGCAAUGGCUACAGCAUUUGAUCCCGGUAGUUUUACAGGGUCCAUUCCAGUUCGGAAUGGUCAAAUGCAAGGACGAUGCCAUUAUAGCUCUACGCACAAAUUUGACUCUCCUUGAGGUGGAAAGUCUGAUCCGCAUCGCUGUAGAGGAUUUUCUUUCUGGAUCAAAUAAGAAGAAGUUCAUGUUGCCUCCUCUGUUGGAGGAGAUUCUCUCGGAGCAGGUAAGCACGGAAACAAGCACAGAAACAAGUACAGAAACAAGCAUCGAGCCGGAAGAAAAGGUUGAGAACGAUUACAAGAGACACAAAGCUGCUUGUGUUUUUGGCAGCCAUGAUAAUUGGACCAUUAAGCCGUUUGGUGUGGCAUGA